UCUUCCUUUUCUCAAGGCGGUUGAAGAGAGAGAGCUUUUGCCAAUUAAGGUUGUGGGUUAUGCAUGUUGUUUAUGGUGUAAUAAAACAAGAAGAUGGGAAAAAAGAAAAAGGAUAUCAUACAGUUGGAGAGGGAAUCAGUGAUUCCAAUCCAGAAGCCAAAGAUUAUAAGCUCCUUGGCCAACCUCUUAGAACAAACUUCUGACCGAGCCGAUUUUUUAAAACUCUGCCAGAGAAUUGAAUACACAAUUCGAGCUUGGUAUCUUCUACAGUUUGAGGAUAUGAUGCAAUUAUACACCUUAUUUGACCCAAUCCAUGGGGCCCAGAAAUUGGAGCAACAGAACCUAACUCCUGAAGAAGUUGAUGAAUUUGAAAUCAAAUUCCUGAUGCACUUAUUUCAGGUGAUGGAUAAGAGCAAUUUCAGGAUAACAACAGAUGAUGAGAUUGAGGUUGCUCUUUCUGCACAAUAUCGCCUAAAUCUGCCUAUCGUAGUCGAUGAAUCUAUGCUUGAUAAAAGGCUUUUGACAACGUAUUUUACGAAGCAUCCUCAUGACAACCUUCCAUACUUUGCUGAUAAGUACAUUAUCUUCAGACGUGGCAUUGGGAUUGAUCAUACAACUGGUUACUUUUUCAAAUCCAAAGUAAAUACGAUUAUUGUGCGUGCGUGGAGAUGUUUUCUGAAAGUGACUGGGUUGAAAAGAGUUUUGUUCAGAAAGUCAAGGCCACAGUUUAAAAAUGAUAAAAAAGAAUCUAUUGAAAUUAGCACUGAAGCAGAGCAAGAUGACUUAUAUGUUGAACGGAUCCGUGUUGAAAAUAUGAAACUCAGUAUUUUUUCAAAGCUGCUGAGCAAGAUUACAAUUCAAGAACCCACAUUUGAUAGAAUUAUUGUUGUCUACAGGCGGGCAAAUACCAAAAAGGAAAAUAAACGGGGUAUAUAUGUGAAGCAUUUCAAGAACAUUCCAAUGGCUGAUUUGGAAAUUGUACUUCCAGAAAAGAGAAAUCCAAGUUUAACUCCGAUGGACUGGGUCAAGUUCCUUGUUUCUGCUGUAAUAGGACUGGUUACUGUUAUUAGUUCACUUAGCAUGCCCAAAGCAGAUAUCCGGGUCAUAUUUGCUAUCCUCUCAGCAGUGAUUGGUUACUGUGUCAAAACAUAUUUCUCGUUUCAGCAAAACUUAGUUACAUAUCAGAGCCUAAUCACACAGUCUGUGUAUGACAAACAACUAGACAGUGGAAGGGGAACUCUUCUUCACUUGUGCGAUGAGGUGAUUCAACAGGAAGUCAAAGAGGUAAUCCUUUCAUUCUUUAUGCUGAUGAAGUGGGGAAAAGCUACAAGACAGGAUCUUGAUGUGUGGUGUGAAGAACUUAUUAAGAAAGAAUUUAAUGAAAGCUGUAAUUUUGAUGUGGAUGAUGCUGUUCAAAAGUUAGAGAAAUUAGGUAUUGUUGCUCAGGAUUCUAAGGGAAGCUAUGUAUGUGUAGAUUUGAAGCAUGCUAAUGAGAUCAUCGGCACCACCACGGAGGAGGUUAUGCUUACUGCUAAACAGGGUGACAGCACUCUUUGAUGCUGUCUGGAAGGCUUCUUUCUUUUUCCUCUUCUGCUUUAGCAUAGAGUCUAAUGGUCUAGAGGUGAUAUUCUGCUUUCAAACAGCCCAA